AUGGCGCUCAAGAAGCCAUGUUGCAAAGGACACUGCAAAAGAAAUGUGACUUUGAAAAUGGUCACUGCCAUGUGCGUGGCCUUCUGGUCUUUAUCCAAAGCAGGCCAGGAUGGCAUGUUGUGGAGCAUGCAAAACGCCAAUGGUUCCAUAGCAGAAGAGGACGAGGAUGACAGUGAUGGCAGCAACACAGAUUCCGGUGAUGAUGCUAGCGAGUACCGCAACUCCAUCCUAGGUAUGCCUCAGCACCUUUUGGAAGAAGCUGGAAACCGUAUCCCUCCACGGUUUGGGGCCUCAUCACCCAACGAUGUCUUUCUCAUGGUGAAAGGCUUCGUGAGCGACAGCAGUCUUUGCCAGAGCGUUCUGGCCGUCUGGCCUGGAAGGUGUGCUGACCAGUCGAUGGAUGCACUGCGCAAGAUUGCCAGGAAUGACUGCCCCAGACUAGCGACAUGGGUGGACGAUGACAGAAAAGAAGUUCUGAUAGAAAUCAUUGAAUUUCUGAGGGAGAACUAUGUGCAAUAUGGCCGUGCCAUUGGCUACUUAGAACAGUUGGCAGGGGUCAGGGCAAUGCCCCGACGAGCCCCUGAGCAGCUGCACUUUUUGCUGGCUCGUCACUGGGCCACAGCAAUGGACGAACCAAAAAUGGCAGAGCCAGUGAAUCCAGUGAAAGAAUCUCAGCAGCAUCCUGCCACAAAGUCAUAUUGGUCCAGGGCAUGUGGUGAUGGAUCUAAGUUGGGACAAGCUAAGGAAGAGACGGAGGAGUUUAGAUCCAUCAAGCUGCUACUUGCAGCUGCCAAAGAUGAGGGUAUGCGUGUCCUGUUCGAUAUGCCCUGUGUGAAAAAGCACAUCGGCCAUGAAGUGACUGUGCAGUCGAUCCCUUCCCAGUCUCUCAAGAACUUCUUCUUAGAUCCCUGGUCUUUUGACUUCAGUGAAAGCUCAAAGUAUGGAGCUGUUGGUCGCUUCCCAUCCAACCACCAGUACUGCAUGCAUUUUCAGUCCUUCGUGGAGAAUGGGCUGGAAGCGCACCGCGAAGCCAUUGACGUCAAGUUCAAGACCUCCGAGAACGACCGUGGCAUUUUCCAGGUUCAUCCCUGGUCUGACGUCCCAGAACAGGCCUAUGAAAAGGAAGAUGAUAUCUGCAAAAUGAUUGCUUCGUUUCGCUAUGUGCGAUGCAACUUCAAGAAGUUUGACAAUCCAGAGUUCUUCCUCUUCGAGUCCAUCAGUCUUGCCAACCGGACAGCAGAGAAAACAAAACCAUCAGCUUUGGACCUCAUGCUUCUCUUCAAGGAGAGUGUGCGACUUCGACAAGCAUCUGGCCGGGGGAAGUCUAUGGCUUUACGUGAGGUGCUCUUUUCAUGCAUAGCGGACUACAACAAGUCUGUGGCUGGGCACCAUCAGCCAGCCAUGUUGGAGCUACUUCAAGUGGCAUGCCUCAUGGCCUACCUGUGGCCAAAGCUAGAGGCGCACCUCGGCAAAGGAAAAGCUCUGGAUGAUGUCCAGCGAAUGUGGAAAGGCAAAGACCCCAACUUUGACUUCAAGCGAAUGGCAUUUGUUCAAGAAGCAGCUGGCAAGCAAACAGAGGAGUUGGUGCAAUCAGCUCAAUCCAAUGUGAAGAACGCCCGUCGGGGUGCAUUGCAGGCAGCCUACAACCUGUUUGCCACCAGUCUUGCCAAUGAUCAAUGCCUUCAUGACAAGUUCUUAGCUGCGAGCGAUGUGAACAGUGCUCGGGCUCGAUCGACGCUGAUUGCCAGCCUGCAGGCCAAGUGUCUGGAGCAAGAUGUUCCGUCAGCUUUUGCUGCCAAAGCAGAGCCUUGGCUUCAAAGCAUCCUGGGUGGCUUUGGCAAUGGACUUCGCCGUGCUGACAAUGAGCGGGUUGAUGGCUCUCAGGAAGCUGUCUUGCGAGACUACCGCUACAAUUUGCAGGUGACUUUGAUGGCCUCCCAACGUGCUCUCAAGGUGUUUUGCUGGAAAGUCAAGUUUUACUUGCUCAUUAGGAGCGACAUGAGAAAGGCUGAGAAAGUUACCAAAUUUGGCACUGAAGCACGCCUGACUCGAGUGCAAGAGCUGAAGCAGGCUCUACUGAUCAUGGAGUCAGUGCUCAAUGGUUCCAGUGGCAGCGGUGAUCCCUAUGUUGCGAUGGUGGAUUUGCUGGGCUAUGACGCAUGGCCGUCAACCUAUGCUCUUCAUCAAGGAGCUGCAGGAAAGAAACUUGCAUGUGGCACAGCAUGCCACACGCAGCAUGAAGCCACAUAUGUCGCCUCAUGCAUUGCCCAAAAGACCUACAGCAUGGCUCGAUCGUCUGCCCUGCAGCUGCCGGGCUUUCCAAAGUUCGACAGCGUUGUGCAGGAAAUGAACAACACGAAAGAGAUCACCCCACCAGACUACGAGGUUUGUGUGGCCUUGGCCAAUGGGGGAUUGGCUGUGAGAGAGAACUUGAUUGAGUACUGGUCAAAGGAUGAACACUUGUUCAAUGCAGAGGCUGCGUUGGUUCUCACUUGCGGCACCUUCCGUUUGAUCUAUGAUGGGGAGCAGGAAGCUUUGUUUGUUGCGCUGGAGGAGAAGACAGCGAAAAAACAUGCAUCCUAUGAGGUGACACCUUGUGAGCUCUUCGGGUUUGGAAGCGGGGAAUAUGCAGAGGGGCCAGAGGCCAACGACAUUAUGGGAGACAUUUCAGGACGGUGGGUGAACUUCCAACUUACCUCGGACUCCGACAACCUGAUCGCAGUCAUUCCGUUCUCAGACCUCUUCAAAGUGUUGCAGAACCAGGGGGAAAUCAACAUCAAGAUCUCGACGCACGUUUGCGACAAGCAGGAGGGUGGCAGCGUUUUGCUUCGCAGUGAGAAAGCUGUUUGCUUUGCCCUUGAUCCAAUCAAAGAAGGAAAGAAAAAGAAGGCUACUUCGAGCGCAACCACGUUUGGUGCCAAGAUCAACAUGAGCAAACUUCGCACCAACCAGAACAUCAAGAUCAUCUGGAGGAUGAGGCCUGGAGCUCGUUCCUAUCAGGCCUGUAGCGAUGCUGGCUGGCUCACUGGUAACUAUGAAGAUGUGAUGUCUGCCAUCAGCCCUUCUCAGCCCGCACUGGCUGCAACCAUGAAGCCAGCAGAAAAGACCAAUGCUGCCAGCGCAAGUGCGGCAAGCAGUUCAGACCGUGGCAGCAAGAUUUCCAAGGGUGGAAAGCACAAGUCUGCUGAUGGCAACCAUGAUGAGAGCAGUGAUUCUACCAUGGAUGAUGGCGGCAAUGACGCUCCCAUCAACGAGGAUGGCUACGACGGCCAUGACAUCAGUGCUGCUGGCCAUGGAGACCUUGAUCUUUCUGAGAGUCGCAUUGACAGCGUUGAUACAAAGCCUCCUGUUGAGUAUCCAAUUGGAGAGUGUUUGGCCAAGUACUUGGGCAAGGCAUAUGCUACCGCUGAAGAUACCAAAGAUGACAAGGCCAUGAAGGACAAAGAAAAGACUGCAGUUGACCCAGUCAUGGAGGCCGACAAAAAAAGGCAGCAAGAAGCUAUCGAGUCAGACCCGGCGAGCAAGGCUCUGGAGCGGGUGUUGGAUAGCUUUGUGAUUGAAGAGACAGCUGAGUCUCAGGGUAGACCUGAAGUCCAAGAUGCCAUCAAGGUCCGCAAAGCCCUGGCUGAAGGUGCCUUUACAUGGUCUGAAACGAACUUGACAGCUAUGCGGCACAAUGAUGACGAACUCUAUGCGAAAACUUUGCGUUUGGAUGACUGCCACUCUGACAAGGACGGCCAAUCUAUUUUCAAGAAACAUGUGUAA